AUGUGGGGGAGAAGAUCCAUUGCGGCGUCGAGACGCGCAGGUGUAGCCAUCCAAACCGGCCGUCACCCAGUCGCUCUCCGCCCCUCCCCCUCCUUCGCCUUUUCUUCCGCCACUUCCUCCUCCUCUUCUCCUUACUCUCGCCUGCGCCCUCGGCUCCCGAUCCCGCCCAGGCUUGACUUUGGUUUUAUCCCAAUCAGAUAUUGCUCCGCCGAAGCUCGUAUGAUGGCGUCCUCCGACAGAGAUACCUUGCCUGACGUGGCGAAGCCUACCAACUAUCAUGUGUCUCUCUUCGAUUUGCAGCUGGGGGGUUCGUGGGAAUACAAGGGUGUGGUGAAGGUUGACGCUACGGUCACUCGUACCACGAAGGAAAUCGUUCUGAACUCCAAAGAGAUUGAAGUGCAGAGUGCUGAGGCGUUGAAGAAAGAUGGAACGUCACUGGCGAAGGCAACGGAAAUCACUUAUGAUAAGCAAUCGGAACGUGUGACGGUUAAAUUUCCCCUGGACAUUCAACCGGCAGAUAUUGUUACACCCCCCGUCGGAGAGCCCGCUGCGGACACCCCUAAGGAGGGUGAUUUUUACUACAUGCUGAGUACUCAGUUUGAGUCUUGUGAUGCUCGACGAGCAUUUCCUUGUUUUGACGAGCCAAACCUGAAAGCCACAUUUGACUUUGAGAUUGAAAUUCCCAGAGGACAGACGGCGCUCAGUAAUAUGCCUGUUCAGUCUGAAAGGGACGGUAGUAACCCGGGACUCAAAUUCGUCACCUUUGAGAAGACACCUGUGAUGAGCACCUAUCUCCUCGCAUGGGCAAUUGGAGACUUCGAGUACGUGGAAGCGAUGACCGAGCGCAAGUAUCAAGGAAAGAGUAUCCCCGUGCGCGUUUAUACGACGCGUGGACUCAAAGACCAGGCUCGCUUUGCACUGGAAUGUGCCCAUCGAACUGUCGACUAUUUCUCCGAGAUCUUUGAAAUUGAAUACCCGCUGCCCAAGGCAGAUCUCCUGGCUGUGCACGAGUUUGCAAUGGGUGCCAUGGAGAAUUGGGGUCUGGUGACCUACCGCACUACUGCCGUUCUUUUUGAUGAAGGCAAGUCGGAUAAUCGAUACAAGAACCGCAUUGCCUAUGUCGUGGCUCAUGAGUUGGCUCACCAGUGGUUUGGAAACCUUGUCACUAUGGACUGGUGGAAUGAGCUAUGGCUGAACGAGGGGUUUGCUACUUGGGUUGGUUGGUUGGCCGUUGACCAUUUCUAUCCUGGUGAGUCUCCCUCUAGAACGAGGUCGAAAGGCCGCAUAUCUAACCUGGAAGUUAUGCAGAUUGGAACAUCUGGUCACAGUUUGUCGUACGAAAUUCCCGAGGCUGAGGGUGUCCAACAAGCUUUCCACUUGGAUUCACUGAGAGCUUCCCAUCCGAUUGAGGUGCCCGUUCGGAACGCUCUCGAGGUAGACCAAAUCUUCGACCAUAUCAGCUACCUGAAGGGAAGCUCAGUCAUUCGCAUGCUGAGUGUGCACCUCGGCCGAGAGACUUUCCUGAAAGGGGUUGCAGCGUACCUUAAGGCCCAUGCAUAUGGUAAUGCCACAACAAAUGACUUGUGGUCGGCUCUGAGCAAGGCUUCUGGCCAGGAUGUACACGGGUUUAUGGACCCCUGGAUUCGCAAGAUCGGAUUCCCAGUCGUUACCGUGGCAGAGGAGCCUGGCCAGAUCAGCGUCCGCCAGAACCGCUUCUUGUCCACGGGAGACGCGAAGCCGGAGGAAGACGAGACCACCUGGUGGAUUCCUCUUGGCAUCAAGUCCGGCCAGAACCUGGCUACUGUGGACACUCGUGCUCUGACUGAGAAAUCCGAUAUUGUUGGCGGUGUUGGCGAGGAUGGCUUCUAUAAGAUCAACAAGGACCUCGCUGGUUUCUACCGAACUAACUACCCGCCUGCACGAUUGGAAAAGCUGGGACAGUCCCUGAAUCUCCUAAGCACUGAGGAUAAGAUUGGGUUGCUGGGCGAUGCCGCUGCACUUGCAGUUUCCGGGGAAGGAAACACUCCUGCUCUAUUAGCUCUUCUCGAGGGCUUCAAAGGGGAGCAAAACUAUCUAGUUUGGUCCCAAGUUUCUUCAUCCCUGGCCAACCUCCGCUCUGUCUUUUCACAGAAUGAGUCGCUUGCCGAGGGGCUGAAGAAGUUCACUCGUUCUCUGGCUGGCCCGGCGGUCGAGAAGAUUGGCUGGGAAUUCCAACCCAACGAGGAGUACCUGAAUGUCCAACUUCGCAAGUUGUUGAUUGCAAUGGCAGGCAAUGCCGGCCAAGAAAGCAUUAUCGCGGAGGCCAAACGCCGAUUUGAUCUCUGGGCUUCUGGUCAGGACCCUAGUGCGGUGCACACCAACCUUCGAUCAGCAAUCUUCAGUCUCAAUGUAUCUGAGGGUGGCCCUCGGGAGUUCAAUGCAGUGAAGAAGGAGUAUCUCCGUACGGACUCUGUGGAUGGCAAGGAGAUCUGCCUGGCUGCCAUGGGACGGACCAAGGAGCCAGCUCUGGUCCAGGAGUAUUUGGACUUUGUGUUCUCAGACAAGGUGGCCAUUCAGGAUAUGCACAGUGGCGCCGUGGCUCUCGCCGCCAACUCCAAGAUGCGCCAUCUUCUGUGGGAGUACAUGAAGACCAACUGGGUCUCGGUCGAAGCUCGUUUGUCCUCCAACAACGUCGUGUUCGAGCGGUUCAUCCGGAUGGGCCUGUCUAAAUUUGCCGACCAUGCGAUCGGGAACGAUAUUGCCGAAUUCUUCAAGAAUAAGGAAACAGGGGCUUAUGCGCGAGCUCUAGUCAUUGUGUCGGACAAUAUCCGGACCAGCGCAUCGUAUCAGGAACGGGACCAGGCGCUCGCCCUGGAAUGGCUGCAGACUCACGGCUAUGCGUGA